UGUUGUGGGACCGGAAGAGAUUUUUAGCGGGACCCACACCCUUUGAAUUGUGAGCGGAGGACUCCAUCGCCUGUUCUCUCCCCAACGCCGGCCGCGCGCCAUGUCCGUCCUAGCUCAGGGAGACGCCACAUCCCGCGGCGUCGAGGAGGACAUCCUCGUCCCGCUCCUUGCCCGCCUCACCAACAUCAGCACCUUGCUAGACUCCGCCGCACCACCACCGGCCACCAUCCGACGAAGCCCUCCGCCUCCUGCCACCGCUGCCUCUGCUGCAGGAGACGCUACACUCCGAGCCCCAGCCCGGGCGCUGCUGGAGAAGGUCCGCCGGGAGAUGGUGCAGCUGGAGGGUGUCUUCCGGCGCAUCGACGACGCCGAGAGGCGCAUCCGCUACAGCUUCGACCCCGUCGAGCAGCACCUCGACGACGCGCUCCAGCACGAGCCGCCUGACGCGGAGCGCAUCUACGCGGAGCUCCUCGCCGUCGACGCCGGCAUCGGCGCCAUAAAGACCAGCAUCCGCGAGGUAUACAACUUCCCGUGCGACGACGGCGCCGGGGGUGAGUCUUUCACUGCACCUCCCACACAGCUGUCUGCUCCGGGCGCGGGCACGGUGAUGCCCACGAAGAAGGGCGAGAUCCACCGUAGCCCGGAGAUGGGAAACGUCAGGUCCUACGUGGGCAGCCUCAAGGAGCACCUGCGCGGCUGCGUGCUCUGCCUCGCCGCCUUCCCGGAGGGUGCCGUCAUCAAGAAGCGCCUGCUCCUCCACUGGUGGAUCGGCGAAGGCUUCGUCCGUUCCGCCGACGAGGGCAAGAGCUGCUUCCACGAGCUCAUCGAGAAUAAACUCGUCGUCGCAGGUCCCACCGCGCUCUGUGACACGGUCCACUGGUGCACGGUGCGGCCGCUGAUACGCGAAAAUCUCGUCAGAAUCGCUAGGCACAAAGGGUUCCUCGAGCUGAACGCCGGCGACGUCGCGUUCGCUCGCCGCGCAUGCCUGCGCGGCGGCAAGGCGCAGCCGCCGGAGUUCAGCGCCGCGGUGCGAGCCAUAUACAACAUUGGCCAGAAGUACGUCGAGCUCGGCGAGCGCUGGUUCGCUGGGAAGAAGGACCUGCGCGUGCUGCAGCUCGGGCAGUGGAGGGAGUUCAGCACCCGCGAGCAGAUCGCCAACCCCAUGGACAGCCACAUCGAGAUCAGCGGCGUGGAGCGCCUCCGCGACAUGGCGAGCUGCAAGAACCUCAGGUACCUCAGCUUCCGGGGGAUUUCAAGAAUCAAGUCCUUGCCCGACUCCAUCGGCAAGCUACGCGAGCUCGUGGUGCUGGACCUCCGGGCAUGCCACAACCUGGAAGAACUGGGGCAGGGCAUCACCAAGCUCGAUCGGCUGGAGUACCUCGACUUGUCUGAGUGCCACCUGCUCGUCAGCAUGCCGAGAGGGCUCGGCCAGCUCACACGGCUCGAGAUUCUCAAGGGGUUUGUGGUUGCCAACUCCAACAGCAGAGAUCUCUGCCAUCUGAAUGAACUCACAAAGCUGGAGAAGCUCAGGAAGCUCGGCAUCGUCGUCGGCAAAAUGGCCGUGCCUACGGAGGAUGAGUUCCUGAAAUUGGCCGAGCUCAAGGCGCUCGAGUCCUUGAAAAUCAGCUGGGGUGUGCUGGCUUCUGUGAAGAACGGGAACACAAAAGCAUCACCUCGUCAUUCGGUGGCGACGAUGAAGUAUGCCCUUCCUCCCAACCUGAAGAAGCUAGACCUCCAUUGCUUCCCGCUCGCCGACUUUGCGCAGUGGGUUCGACCGACGGGAGUCAAGAAGCUCUACAUCAGGGGUGGGAGGCUGACGACGCUCGGAUACGAAGAGGGCUGGGAGGCAGAGGUGCUGCGCCUGAGAUUUCUCAGUGAUCUUCAGUGUGACCAUGGUAGGCUUCGGCGUCUGUUCAGGAAGCUCAAACCGGAAAAUACCGAAAUCCAUGAAUGCCCAAAUUUUGUCCCGGGUAAUGUUGUAGGAGAUUUGUAACGCCCCGGGUUUCAACAAACCCACAUCGCUAUCGACUCUCAUCUAGACCUAACUAAUUUGAAAAUUAUAAGAAUUUUUGACAGAGUUUCCCUCUGU